AUGAACUCUCAUUCCGUAUCUAACACCUUUGUAUGGGAACUUGGUAGUUUUCAAGAAUAUGUUAAAACAAUUUCCCAUCAAGAUAGAAUUUAUUCUCCAAAAUUCUGGUUACCAACUUGUGAUAUCUCACAUAGUACAAGUACCGACCCAAAUAUCAUUAAAAACAUCACCCAAAGCAACCAACCAAACUUCACUAUUACAAAUGAUAAUAAUUUGAACGCGUCACAUGGACCCCUCAAUGUGUUAACAUCCGCAUUACCAUUCUCGCCGGGAGAUAAUCCAACAUCACACAACUUUUGGCAAUUUCGUAUGUACCCAAAUGGAAACAUUUGUCACGAAAAUUAUAUUUCGCUCUUCUUAAAAGCAAUUCGUACACCAUUUGAAAAAUUAAGUAAUAUCACUUCAAGACGACAACAAUUCCUAUUGGAAAUAGGAAAGUUGGGUCCAACGACGAUUAUAAGCAAUUAUAAUAUCAUUCACGUCCCAACAAGAAAACAAAUCAUUAAACAACAAAUUUUUGAGUAUACUUUUGAAUUCGAUAAGGAAAAUAUUACUUGCGGUUUUCCUAAAUUUUGUUCAUUGGAUUUAUUGUUUCCCGGUGGUGAUAAAUCAAAUGAAAUUGAUUUAUUCGUACAAGUGACCGUACUUAGCGAUGAUUCCUCCCGAUCAAACAUAUUGUUAUUAUUGGAUGACGAUACCAUUAAUAAUCAACAGCAAGAUGAUUGUGAUGUUGAAGACAUUUCUGAUGAUAUCGAAGAAUAUUUUAGGAAUGAGUCAUUCGCUGAUAUAGAAUUCUUAUUUGAUUGCGGUUCAACUUUAAAAGCUCAUCGGAUCGUAUUGGCCACCCGAUGCAAUUAUUUUAAAAUGAUGCUUCAAGGUGGAUUUAAAGAAGCAAGCCUUGAUGUAAUUCCCAUUCGUGAUGUAAAUUAUGAGGUCUAUUAUAUCAUAUUAUAUUAUAUCUACACGGGAAAAUUGAUGGAUCUCAAUGAAGAAAAUGCUUAUGAGUUAUUGAGGGAUUCUUACAAACAUUCUGAUUUGAUGGGAUUGAUCACCUUGAAAAAGAUGAUCGCAAAACUCAUUGUAAAGUUGGUCAAUGUUGAUAAUUGGCAUGAAAUAUUAUUCUUGGGCUGGCAAUUUAAUGAUUUGCUGUUGAGAACGAAAGGAUUAAAGUUCGUUAAAGAACAUUGGGAUAUUAUUAAAUAUAGUGAUAACCUACGUCGUCUUUUGGAUGAUUCUAGCGUUGAUUGGAUUGAAGAGUUAUUCUUGGUGGCAAAUGGUACCGCCCAUAUGGUUAGAUAA